AUGGAUUCGGAUCAUGAAUCAGCAGCCCUGCCGGCUGGGGCAACCGCAAGCGCCGCCUCGGGUUCCCCAAAGAGGCAAAAGCAGAAGCGGAGUCGAGCUGGUUGUUUUCAGUGCAAGAUUAAGCGGCGAAAAUGUGACUUGACCAAGCCCCAAUGCCAGCGAUGUGUCGCUGGCAGUGUCGAAUGUACUUAUCCUACCGGCGUGACCUUUGCACCCAACAAGACAUUCUCGCACGCAGAAUGUGUCCAGUCUCCUCCUGCCAUUCCCCCAUCAUAUUCACGGCUUCAGUUCCUUGAGCCCGGGAGCCGUCGUAGAGCCCGGUCGAAACCACAAGAGCUCCAUUCUCCCAAGUCAUCACUGCCACACACAGAAUCACCAGUGGCUGCCCAGCAUGAAACCCCAGGGGCCGAAGUUUCCACUCCGUGUCCGUUCCAACCACCAUCAGAUAUUCCUUGCGCCGAUGUGAGCUCCCCAACGACCGCCCAUUCCCAUGGCCUCGGCAUCUUUGACGCUGUCCCAGAGGCAGAUGAGGUGCUUGUCUCGUCAUAUGUGACGUCCCCAAACACCACAGACUACGAGACCGCGCUUGAGGUGCUCGUGUCUCUCGGUGGUGCCAGCGACACCGGGCCUCAAGAAGUUCAACGAAUGAAAUACAAUUUUGAAGGGCACCACAGCAAGAGCUCACAGCCUCUCCAGCCCGUCGCAAGUGCGCCGGGCCUUGAUGCACUCCGUCAGAGGCUAGACGACAUGAAGAUUCUGCGGUUGCUCACUUAUUACAGAUAUCAUGUGGCGCCUUGGCUGGACAUGUGUGACCAAGGACAAACGUUUGGCCUUGUCGUCCCCAGACUCGCCUUGCAGUCGAACCUAGUUUGCUGUUCAUUGGUUUCACUCACACUGUCGUUGUCGGCCAAGAUGGGCGUGGCAGAAAUGACCGUUGACGAUAUCCCAUUGCCUCAGUCGAACUCGUCCCUUCUCGAUGAGUUUGUAGCUGACACACUGGACAAGGCUCACCAGUUUGCCGCAGGGCUACCACUUGACUGGCCAAAGGUUACGUUUCACGAAGCAACCUGUGUCACCCGAGCAUUAACCGAGGGCCAUGUCUGGAGACAGGCUGGCUCUCUUCGCCUCCGCUUAUUGCUGUCAGCAGCGCUGGUGUCAGGAGGGUCUGCGUUCCCAGCCCAAGACCUUCAACAGAAUACACCAACAGCAGUAGACAGCAUCAGUAACCAAAAUAUCUGUGACCCGACACUCGAAGUCUUGAUGCUCUGCGCCCGUUCCCUGAACAUCUGCAGCGGCACCGCAUCCCAUACAUACGCUGAUGAACCACCUGCGCAGUCGUGGGGGAAACAAACCCAGGCCCUUCAGGCAUGGUACGACGCACGCCGUGAGGCCUUCCGCCCGCUCCUGGAUGUUGAUAUGCCUCCCUCUGACCCCACAGUCGCACUCUUCCCUACCAUCGUCUUCUCGACCCCGGCCGCUACCCUCGCAAACAGCGUCUACCACGCCGCCAUGCUUCUUUUGCUCCGACGAAAGCCGCGCACCGUCCCGGCUCUGUCCUCGGGGUCCUCGCCGCUGUGGCAUGCCAGGCGGAUAUGCGCCAUCGCUCUCAGCAAUGGCUCCAACGCUCACUGGGACCCGUGUCUGCUCAGUACCUUGUUUGUCGCGGCCAGGGUUAUGACUUAUGUGCUGCAGCAAGCCAGAAUCGUGCGCUGCUUUGAGGAGGCCGGUAUGCGGACUGGUUGGCGGGCAAUGGCCCAGUGGUUUGUCGACGAGCUGCAUAAGAUUUGGACUCCGACUUGA